UACGUUUGAUCGUUUAGACCUGGAAAUGUACUGUCAUAAUCUCGUUUUGUAUCGACUGAGACACUGAGAAUAACACACACAAAAGGAAAAUUUUGAAAAGAUGCCACCAUUCUGCUGUGGAGGUCGGCGCUGUGCCAAGGAUAAGCUUAGCGGGGAGAAUAAUGUCCACACCAAGUCGCCGAUAAGUGCAACAGAGGCUGAGCGUCCGCUGACCCUCAAGUUCUAUGCGCGGCACGAUUGGCCGUACUUCAACUGCACCGAUGAGGAGAUUCGUCGGAUGCGUGAAAAGUUCGAUCAGGAUAAUCUGAGUGCCGGAAGCAAAGACAAGCCAAAGGACACCGCCGAAACAGAGUACGUGCCGAAGCAUGCCACGGGCCAGCCACUGACAGAGAAUCAAAUUUAUGGCUGGUAUCACCAUCGCGCCUUCCGCUACUUGAAAAAGGAUCGUGGCAUCUUCGUAUUUCCGCGCGAAGGUGAUGCGUUGAUAAAGAUAAUUCAAGCUGCCAACAAAAUGUCCCGCUAAACACAACGUGGGGAAAGGAGCUCCAAAACUUUGGCCGACAAGACAUCCUUUUCCCUCAUAUGCAUAUGACAUUUGGUCAAUUCGCGAAAUUCAUUGUCAGAUUUUAUAUAUUCCCUUUCAAAUCAUAUUACAAAUCGAGGAAAACUGACAUUUAAUUUAUUCGGAAUACCUCAA